UCUCCCAGGACAGGCUGUACGGACAGCUGUGAGACUUUGAGUUCCUUCACUGUUUGUGCUUCUGAGAUAUGUAGUACAGCAAAACAACUGAAAAGCGCCAGCGGGGAAUUAAGAGUUCAGGUCGUUUACCAAAGCAGUACAUUCUUGGGCUUGCACAAUCCAUCGUGAUGCACCUCACCCAAAAGGAAAAUGCGGUAGAAAAGCAACUUCCUACAACUGCCAUGCGACCUUCAGCACAGACCUAAUUCUGCAAUUUAAGACUCUUGUUCAGUUAUAGCUUUAGUGCUAUAAAACAUGCCCCUGCAAUCAGCGUUAUCCCUAGAUGUAGGACCCGAGGGUGCCGGUCAAGUCCCUGCAUGCUGCUCAGCUCGCUACAAUCUGGCACUGCUGGCCUUUUUUGGGUUCUUCCUUCUGUAUGCGUUACGUGUGAACCUAAGCGUUGCUCUGGUGGACAUGGUGGAACCUAACACAAGCUUAGCAAAGAAUACAACUUCCAAUGUGUGUCCAGAGCAUUCCUCCACCAUAAAUGUUCCUCGCAACACAACGGGGAAAAAGUAUUCUUGGGAUGCUGAUACUCAGGGAUGGAUCCUUGGUUCUUUUUUCUAUGGCUAUAUCAUUACUCAGGUUCCAGGUGGAUAUCUUGCAAACAAAAUUGGAGGGAAGCUCUUGUUGGGGUUUGGCAUCUUUGGUACCUCUGUGUUCACCUUGCUUACUCCACUAGCUGCAGAUUUGGGAGUUGGCUACCUCAUUGCUGUCAGAGCCUUGGAAGGACUGGGAGAGGGUGUUACCUUCCCAGCUAUGCAUUCAAUGUGGUCUUCUUGGGCUCCUCCCCUGGAACGCAGCAAGCUCCUUAGUAUUUCAUAUGCAGGUGCACAGCUGGGAACUGUUGUCUCUCUGCCACUGUCUGGUUUAAUUUGCUACUAUAUGAACUGGGUUUAUGUGUUUUACAUAUUUGGUGCCCUUGGUGUAUUGUGGUUCUUCUUCUGGAUGUGGCUUGUUAGUGAUAAACCAGAAACUCACAAGAGUAUUUCACGUGCUGAAAGAGAAUAUAUUCUUUCUUCUUUAAAAGACCAGCUCACUACACAGAAGUCUGUUCCCUGGAGACCUAUACUGGAGUCCCUUCCACUCUGGGCUAUUGUUGUAGCCCAUUUCUCCUAUAACUGGACUUUCUAUACACUUCUCACACUCUUACCCACAUACAUGAAGGAGAUCCUGCGGUUUGAUGCACAGGAGAAUGGCUUUUUAUCUGCGCUGCCUUAUUUUGGCUGCUGGCUUUGUAUAAUUCUGUCUGGGCAAAUUGCUGAUCAUUUACGAGAAAAACAGAACUUCUCCACUGUUUGUGUUCGCAAAUGUUUUACCCUAAUAGGAAUGAUUGGACCUGCAUUGUUCUUAGUAGCAGCUGGGUUCAUAGGAUGCAACUAUGAGCUGGCUGUUGCUUUUGUGACCAUAUCGACAACACUAGGAGGGUUCUGUACAUCUGGUUACAGCAUCAACCAUCUGGACAUAGCACCUUCGUAUGCUGGAAUUCUUCUUGGGAUCACAAAUUCUUUUGCUACUAUCCCAGGAAUGGUGGGGCCAGUUAUUGCUAAGAACCUCACUCAUAAUAAUACUGUGGGAGAAUGGCAGACAGUUUUCUAUAUUGCUGCUUCCAUUAAUCUAUUUGGAGCAAUUUUCUUUGCAUUAUUUGCAAGUGGAGAAGUUCAGGACUGGGCAGUCAGUGGUUAUCACUUCCAUAGAAACUGAAGGAGGCAUUGAAAUACCAAAGCUGUGCUGAAUCCCAAUGUGCCAGAACUACGUGACCAGAAAAGUGCCUUCCCAACUGAUGCCUAGGAAUCUUCAGAGCUUUUAAGUUAAACUGUUUUAUCUGUGCAUCUUUUGUACUGAAAAUCAUUUGACAAUGUAUGUGUGUGCUAUUUCCAGACAAGAGACUACUUAGAUUAAAUUGAAUUUAGUUUCAUGCUAGAACUUGAUAUCAAAUGUAUGAUCAGAGACAGUAUUUCAAAUCAGUGUGCUAAGAUCCAUUUCCUUCCAGUUUUUAAUUAAUGUCUUCUGAAUUAAUGUUUAGGCAGAUAAUUGCUGACACCGAAAUAAGAGGAAAAAACCAAGGUGAUUAUGUAGCACUGUGAGGAGGAGUGACGUGCAAAUAAUUGUACACAAAAAGCAACAUCUUGAUUUCUGUGAUGAUACUGAUAGGUUUUUGCUUUUUAAAACGCUAAAAGAUUUCUAGUGUUCUACAAUCUUUUCUAAGCUUUUAUUUUGUUAGUAUUCUAAUUGAUGUCUAAGAAAUGCACACUUGAUUGUUACUCUAUUUUAUGCACAAGUUUUCAAAUGGAAACAUUCCCUGUUUCAGGACUACAGCUUCACAAUUAAUACAGAGCGGUGAGGAAGUGAAAUAUAUGAUUGUGACUGACAGAAUACGCCAUGUGUUACUGUUCUCUGUGGUGCAGGUGUUUUUAAAUAGGCCUUAUUUUUAUUCAAAAAUGUGCAAAGAAGAAGCAGUGCAACUCUAUACACUGCCUAGAUUUAAACCUAGAUUUAAAAGAGUGAACUAGAAAUAGAAUAUUGACACGUUUACAUGAUAAUAACUUUCGAUUCGGCAGUUCACUUUUUUGUCAGUUGAAAUCAAUGCAGUGGAAUUAUUUCUUCUUUCACGUAUAUUUAUAUAUAUACAUGUAUUUGUCAGCUUCUCAGUGUAAAUGCAAUCAAAUAAGGCUAUUGUAGGGAAUAAAUAAGGAAAAUCAGUUCACUUCUGCAAUAGCAUUGUUAGUCGGAUAAAAGCAGAAUAGAAAGAAUUAGUGCAAUAUCCUGAUGCUAUUAGUCUCUCCUCAGCAUAGAAUUUGACACUCAAGAGCAUUCUUUGCACAACAUACAACAUACAAUUAAAUGCCAUACUAGGAUUAAAUGAAGUCUGUUAAAACAGUGGCCUAGAUAAGAACAAAUGGCUGAAUAAUCUUGUAGUCACAAAGCAAAGGAAAAUUCCUGUGCCAAAGAUUCCUGGAUUGGAGCAACUAGGUUAAAAAAAAAAAAAAAAUCACUGGGCUCUGGGCUUUUCAUUUACCACCAGUGCAAAAGAAAAGCCCAGUACUAACACUGCUCCGGUGGAGCCUACCUUCCUUCAUUUCUAGGAAAUGGCAUCUGCCUCUUCUUUUUAGCUUUAAGAGCCAUUUUGUUUUGACCUUCCUUGAAGUGUCGUGUUCUCUGAUGGUGAAACUAUGUUUAGAUCUGUUUGUCUGCGGCAUUUCCACAAUAAACAAUGUGAACUUCAGAUGAAAUCAGGAGUCGUUCAGUGGGAAUAUGUUAAAGCUAUGUUGUAUCUUCAGCAUUUCCACAGUAAGUGGAACAAAUAUUUACAUAUGCAUCCAUUGAAAAUAACCAUCUCCCUGAAGUUAGAACUCCAUCCUCAAAGUACUCUGAGCAAGAUCGGUAACUGGAUUAAGAGAUGAUUAAUAUUUCCCUGGGAAAUUACCUGCUUCAGGAAUUUCUUGUCUGGCUUUACAAGUGAGUACUAUCUUCUUCCUGAUAAUAUAUUAAAAAUGGUAACUUUG